UGGGAAUGAGGAGCAUGUGGAGGAGAGGGGGAUAAAAAAGAAAAGAAAAAGAUGGGCCCUUAGCGCCAUCAAUGGCUCUAUCACCUAACUGCGUAAACUUGUAAUAAUGUUUUAAUUGAAGUAAUCUCUCCACUCAUUUAACCUCCUUAUAUGUAGUUGUAGAUAUAAAGAAUCACAGCAAUAUCAAUGGCAGAUGAAGAAGCAAUCGAAGUUAGUGGUCCUGUUCGUCGCGUUCUUCUCAUCUCCGCCGGUGCUAGCCAUUCCGUGGCGCUGCUCUCUGGAAACAUUGUUUGCUCAUGGGGACGAGGGGAGGAUGGGCAGUUAGGGCACGGUGAUGCUGAGGAUCGACUUUCUCCCACACAACUCAGUACAUUGGAUGGUGUUCACAUUGUAUCUGUUGUCUGUGGUGCUGAUCAUACCAUUGCAUAUUCUCAGUCGUGCUCCGAUGUUUAUAGCUGGGGAUGGGGUGACUUUGGGAGGCUGGGUCAUGGUAAUUCCAGCGAUUUGUUUACUCCUCAACCAAUUAAACAAUUACAUGGCCUCAAGAUCAAGCAAAUUGCUUGCGGGGACAGCCAUUGUUUAGCAGUCACAAUGGAAGGCCUGGUGCAAAGCUGGGGGCGGAAUCAAAAUGGCCAGCUUGGUCUUGGCACUAUUGAAGACUCUCUCGUGCCUCAGAAAAUUCAAGCUUUCCAGGGAGUCCGGAUCAAAAUGGUUGCUGCUGGUGCUGAACAUACUGCAGCUAUCUCAGAAGAUGGAGAUUUAUAUGGAUGGGGUUGGGGCAGAUAUGGAAAUUUAGGCCUGGGUGACAGAAAGGAUCGGUUGGUACCUGAGAAAGUAUCUCUCUCUAAUGAAGAGAAGAUGGUUAUGGUUGCUUGUGGAUGGCGGCAUACGAUUUCUGUUUCUUCUUCAGGUGGAUUAUACACUUAUGGAUGGAGUAAAUAUGGUCAACUAGGGCAUGGGGACUUUGCAGAUCACCUUAUUCCUCAUCAGCUAGAAGCAUUGGCGGGCAGUUCUAUAUCUCAGAUAUCAGGCGGUUGGAGACACACUAUGGCAGUCACUUCAGAUGGAAAACUUUAUGGCUGGGGUUGGAAUAAGUUUGGACAGGUUGGAGUUGGUGACAAUGUAGACCACUGCUCUCCAGUGCAAGUUAAAUUUCCCCAUGAGCAGAAAGUAACUCGAAUCUCAUGCGGCUGGAGGCAUACACUUGCUGUUACAGAAAAUCAAAAUGUUUUUUCCUGGGGAAGAGGUACAAAUGGACAGCUUGGGAACGGGGAGUCUACUGACCGGAAUGUACCAGUGAUAAUAGAAGCUUUAAGUGUCGAUGGGUCUGGGGGCCAACAGAUAGAAUCCUCGAUGGUUGAUCCAUCAUCAGGGAAAACCUGGGUGUCGCCAUCAGAGAGAUAUGCUGUUGUUCCUGACGAAUCUGCACAAACAGCCGCUUCAGGGAAGGGGAGUGAUUUAAGUGUUCCUGAGGGGGAUGCCAAGCGCAUACGAGUUUAAUUUCCGCUGCCAAAUCCUGAUACGUAAUCUGGUCUCUAUAUGUAAAUUAAUACCUUGUUGACACUUUUGCCUUCUGCACAUGUACAACGUUAAAGAGAGAUGUCAAUUUCUAUUUGCUAGUUUAUUUUUCUUUUCAAUGCUAAUAUUCUUAUGCCUUCCCCA